CAUCAGUUGUUUUCCAACACUGGCCCAAUAUUGUUCUUAGUUUUUGUUUAUUUUUUUGCCCUACGAUGGAAAAGUUCUAAACAACAGACAAACGACAUGACUCUGGCUCACCGAGCGCUCUUUACGUGGUUCAUAGUCUUGGUGUUCUUCAUCCUGCUGUGCCUGCGCCUGGAGCCGCGGACCAACUGGAAUUGGUUUGUCACCUUUACCCCGCUCUGGAUCUUCGACGUUAUAAUCAUCAUCUACGUGAUCAUCAAGUUUAUACGGAAGUGGCGCAAUCUAAGUCGCCUCACGGACCUCCUCUUCCUCUACAAAUGGAACAUUGCCGGCGUGCUGCUUACCAUUGCCUCCCAGGUGAUGAUUUGCCUGCGACUGGAGUACCCCCAUCAAAUUCCCAUCUAUGUGACCAUUGCCCCGCUGAUCCUACUCCUCAGCACCGCCAUAUUCUACGUGGGCAGCCACCUGGGCAAGCGCGAGGGCUGGCUGCAGUGAACCCUAGAUAAUAAGUCUAGGUUUAGGA